AUGUCUCUCGUCGUAACCCAAGAGGAGAACUUCAAAGAAUUGUUGCGUCUUUUCAACACUAACAUCGAAGGUAGAAGAUCUAUUUUAUAUGCAUUGACUUCAGUCAAGGGUGUUGGUAGACGUUUCGCUGGUAUUGUCUUGAAGAAGGCUGAAAUUGAGCAAAGCAAGAGAGCUGGAGAAUUGUCUGAAGACCAAAUCAACAAGAUCCAAGAUAUUAUCCAAUCUCCUGAAAAGUACAAGAUUCCAAGCUGGUUCCUCAAUAGAAGAAGAGACUGGAAGACUGGUGCUACUGAGCACUUGGUUGCCAACUCUGUCGAUAUGGCUUUGAGAGAUGACUUGGAAAGAUUGAAGAAGAUCAAGUCCGAGAGAGGUUUGAGACACAUGUGGGGCUUGAGAGUCCGUGGUCAACAUACCAAGACAACUGGUAGAAGAGGUAAGACCGUCGGUGUGUCAACAAAGAAGAGAGGAUAA